AUGCAGGACAUCGAUGACAAAGAGUAUCUCGAAUUUGUCUGCAUGUUUAGCGCAUGUAACCAGGGACACUGUCACCUAACAAUCGUGACAGCUAUGAUAGAGCAGGUGCAAGAGGCAUACUUGAUCAACACUUCAACACACAGCACACGAUGGCCAUUAUACGCCGAGGUGGUGUACAAGAGAUUCAAGUAUGACAAAUCUCCCUAUGGUUACCAGCACUGA